AUGGUUCUUGAUAAUUCAUAUAAACCUGAAAAAUAUCACUGUAUAAUGAAAAGACAAUGGAUGGAUCCAAUAAAACAGUAUAAAGAAAUCGAUGGAGUUGAAAUGUACUCAUUAAAUGCCACGGAUAACGAAGAAUGUAAUUUAUCUACAAUCACGAUCAAUUCUUUACCAAAAUAUACAGUAAACCCAUCAGCAUUCUUACUGAUACAUUCUCUAAAGCUAUUUUUGGAGAGAUCAUAUGCUGAUUUUCUUUUUGUUAUUAAUGACGCCGCAUACAUGAAAUUAGACAGAUUUAUAAAGUUUAUUCGUAAGGAAAUGCAAUUAAAUAGGAAUAACAAUAGGUAUAUUCUUGGAGAUUGCGUAGAACAAAGAUAUUUCUUCCAAAUGUUAUUAUUAGAUUCCGGAAUUCUUUUAUCCCGAUCACUUGUUCAAAAAAUUGUUGAUACAAUGGAUGACCAUCUCUGGCAAGUUGCUUUUCAAAUCGGAUUGCCAGCAGAUGAAAUUUUGUCAGAAAUUGUUGAAACGUUAGGAAUAAUUGUAAGAGAUCGACAAACAGAUGAAUUUCUAGGUCGAGGGUGGAGAAGUGAAGAGCAUUACAAGAUGUUUUUGAACAAAUCAUUUGACUCCCUUCCAAUUUGUUCAAUUCCUUUCGAGCUUCUACGACCAGGAGCAAGCCAACUUGGAUUGUGCUCGCCUCGCAUUACACAAGUUAAUGAUAUGUCUGUCUGGUCUGCAUUAAACUACCAAUCAAAAGAAGAUUUCUUGAAUACAGCAGAAAAGAUGCUAGAAAACAUCCCACAGAACGUUUGCUACUAUUGGGAUAGACUUUACCCAACAAUUUGUAUCAAGAAAUAA